GUCCCCGCCCCGCCGCGCCGCGCCGCGCCUCUCGCACCGCACCGCACCGCGCCGCGCCUACCCAGGGAUGUGUAAGCCACAGGAUGCCCAGCAGCACUGGAAAGAGGUUUAAACCUACCAAAUACAUCCCCGUCUCCACCGCAGCUGCCUUGUUAGUGGGCUCGACUACUUUAUUUUUUGUUUUCACGUGCCCGUGGUUAACAAGAGCCAUCUCCCCAGCCAUUCCCGUGUACAAUGGGCUCGUGUUCUUGUUUGUACUUGCAAACUUCAGCAUGGCAACUUUCAUGGACCCUGGAGUUUUUCCACGAGCAGAUGAAGAUGAGGAUAAAGACGAUGAUUUCCGAGCUCCGCUCUACAAGAACGUGGAGAUUAAAGGAAUCCAAGUACGGAUGAAAUGGUGUGCCACUUGCCACUUCUACCGCCCACCACGCUGCUCCCAUUGCAGCGUCUGCGACAACUGUGUUGAGGAUUUUGAUCAUCACUGCCCAUGGGUGAACAAUUGCAUAGGACGGAGGAACUACCGAUAUUUUUUUCUCUUCUUGCUGUCCUUAAGCACGCACAUGGUUGGAGUGUUCACUUUUGGGUUGAUCUUUGUUUUAAACCAUGUGGAAAAGCUGGGGGCAGCUCACACCACCAUUACUAUGGCUGUCAUGUGUGUUGCUGGACUGUUCUUUAUUCCAGUCAUUGGUCUCACAGGUUUCCACAUCGUCCUAGUGGCCCGAGGGCGCACAACCAACGAACAGGUGACGGGUAAGUUCCGUGGGGGUGUGAACCCUUUCACUCGAGGAUGCUGUGGAAACGUGGAACAUGUGCUCUGCAGUCCUCUGGCUCCCAGGUACAUUGCUGAGCCAAAGAAAAAGCAGGCUGUGAGUGUGAAACCUCCUUUCCUCAGACCAGCUCUAUGUGAGCGACAGAUCACGGUGAAGAUAAGUGAUAAUGGGAUCCAAGCCAAUCUUAACCGCAGCAAGUCUAAAAUUAGCCUGGAGGGUCUGGAGGAUAAAACCAUGGAUGUGCAGCCACCUCUGCCACCCAAAGGAGAUCCAAGCAAGUACUCAGAAUUAAAAGGGCAACUGGGGACCAGUGAAGAAGGUAGUCUUUCACCCAAAAUGAUCAGCCCCCCCACUCCUGCUAUGUAUAAGUAUCGACCAGCGUUCAGCAACAAUCCCAAAGUCCACUACCACGCUGCAGCUGAGCAGAUCACCAUGCAGGAGGGGCAUAGUCAAGGUGUUAUGAUAGAAGAGGAUGGCAGGAGCCUUGAUUACCAAUCAGAGCCCAACCUGGACAUCCCUAACUACAGGAAGAGCUCCCUGCACAAGACUUAUCAGUCCUCACCAAUUCAGAUAGACUCCUUUGCCAUCAAUUCACGAUCCCUGAGCCUGAAGUCUGCCAGCAAAAGAGGAACAGAUAAAGUGCCCCUUCACCCAAUAAAGUCAGAAGGGGCUGCUUCUACUCCGUACAAAAGCAUCUUUUCCCCCAAUUCCCUGUCCAACAGAAAUGGAAGCCUUUCUUAUGACAGCUUGCUAAAUCCUAUGUCCCCCUCGGGAAGGAAAUGCGUCGCCCAUUCUGCAGUUGGCUCCAUUGGGUACCAUUCACCAUAUCUGUCAGCCAAAAUGUGCCAUCUCCGGGGGAGUGAGCUACAGCGCCAGCCACCACAGAGCUUCAGCCCGGUGCUUGGGAGCCCAGCUUCACAUCAACGGGACCCCUCUCCAGUACGCUAUGACAACCUCUCGAAAACCAUCAUGGCCUCCAUCCAGGAGAGGAAAGAAAUGGAAGAAAGGGAGAAGCUCCUCCACUCGCACCCAGAUUCAGUGUUUGCAGACUCUGGUGUCUAUGACACCCCUAGCUCUUAUAGCCUUCAGCAAGUCAGCAUGCUGUCUGAAGACCCUCGCAGCAUGGCAAUGAGAUAUGGAUCUAGAGACAAUCUGAUAUCUGCUACCAGUUUUAGCACAAGGAACCCUUUACUGCAGUCCUCGGUGUCUUCACUUUCGAGUGCAAUGACAAGGGCACCAAGGACUUCCACAACUUCCCUUCAAGCUGAUUUAGCUAAUAACAAUGUCCAGUCUCAUCAGGCCCUACAGGGCAGGGUGAGCAAUGGCUCCUACAAGUCACCAGGCCACCAGGUCCCAUCAUCUCCUACGGGGAUGCCUAGAUCGCCCUCUUAUGGAGGUCCGAAGGCCGUCUCAUUUGUUAACACUGUGGAAAUUACAGAGGUGCAGUCGGUAGGAGCACAAAGGGAGGACAUGCAGAUGAAGACACCUCACAGUAAAAUAAAUGGACAGCCAAAAGGAAUUUCCAGGGCAGAUUGUCGACUGGGUUCAACAUCUAGUUCCCAAGGGACCCCAGUCAGUCCUGCUAGACACUCAAACGUUAAGAAGGUAUCUGGAGUUGGUGGAACAACCUAUGAAAUUUCAGUGUAAAAUAAAAUAAAAGAGCCAUCCACUAAGCCAGCCAUGAAGCUAGGUGCACUGUGAAGACUCAACAACAACAGCAAAGGAGCAGCUGCUGCCAGUGUCCUUUUAAUUGUUGUCCUCAUCUUUUUUUUUUUUUUUUUUUUUUUUGGCCAAAACCCAGCUGCGGGGAGGGAACAGAACUGUACAGUCCAUCAGACACUCUCAAACUGACGGUCGGGAACUGGCUAUCACCUAGCACCACAACCAGAGAGAUUAUUUCUUUCAUGAAAGAGAGCGAAAAAGCCAUCGUGCACUUGUCUGUCACACAAACCGGUUGUGUAGAAGUUGUGCUGUGAUAUAGUACACUUAAUAUGGGGUCACUAUAUUUUCCCCACCCAUACCCCCAACUUUUCUGGCCAGCAGAGUCUCUUUGGAGCUAGAGGCCUGACUGCUUCUUCCUAUGGACACGGAAGCCAGGCUUCCCAAGUUUCACAGUCUGCGUGUGUGAGAACUGCCAUUUGUCCUCCAAGCAUUAAUGUCGGCGUUAUUACUCCUCCUUCAGUGGAACAGGGCAGGAGUGCAGCAGCCCUCAAACCUCAUGUAGUGUUUUCAAGUCUCUCUGCUCUGACUCGGGUUCAGGAGGAGAGAAAGGAUAACAACAGCUUCUCACUGUCAGUCAUUCGCCUUCCUGUGUGUGAAAUCCUGUGUGCGCGUGUUUGUGUCUCGUGAAACAGGACUGCCACAUAAGUAAGGAUUUUCUAUUCUUCUCUGUGGUUCUCUCUGUUUUUAAUGGUUCUUGUACUCAGAGAACCAAGUGUAUAAGGAAAGAAAUGUUUGAAUGGAAAACUAAAUUUUGAAUAGCCAGAGACUGCCUCCCUCCCUCAUUUUUGCCUAUUGAAUUUAGGCAGUAAUGUGGUUUAUUGUCUUGCACUGGUGCAGUGUAUAAAGCCUUGCAGCAAGGUUAUCGUGAUCUGUUGAAUAUCCAGUGCGUGUGAUGGAGCCAAGCACAUGCUUAGAGGUUAUAAGUUUGUUGCCUGCCUAAUGACUAGUGUGUUCCCACCAGCCCUCAGUGUUGAACCGAAUUUUUCAGUAUCAGUAAAGUCCACUGAGUUAUCUGGGGCCUUCUUCUUCUGUCCCUAGAAACCAUUGCUUACCUUAAUAGGUUUAAAAGCAACAUUAUUUUAAGAACCAAAAGAAAAGCUAGUGUACAGGUUCUGGGUAAACCAAUUUUGUGACAAAUCCAUUUUUAACCACCUUUAGAGAUUUGUAAUACAGAGAUCUGGAGCACUGUUAACUGGGAAGAUCAUAUAUGCAAUUAAGAAUAUCCUGAAUGACUGCAGCUGAAGUCAGAUGGAAUGAUUACUUACCUCUGAGCCAGUCCGAUAGCAUAUGAAAUCUCUGUUUCUUGGCUGUUUUUUCCGGUAAAAGGUUUCUGCUGGACAUCUAAAUUCAUCUCCCUUCAGAGUUUUAAUAAUGCCUCCUUUGCAGUUUAUGUUUAAAAAGGGAAGAUUUCCAGAUAUUGACAGAGAUUCAGAAUUUGUUUAUCCCUAAAUACAUAUACUUAUGUAUAUAGCUAUGUAGCUAAUUGUUUUCAUUAACAUCAAGAUUUAUUGUUCCUUGAGAAAUGUUGUUGUUGGCUUUGCCUUGCUUAACACUUCUCUCUUGAUUUGAUAAAUCUUGAUACCUCCCACAAUAUCUGCUUAGUCUCUCCUUGGUCAACCAGCCCUCGUGUGGAGAAGAUGGAAAGCAUCGUGGGAUCAAUCGUGCUUCUGCAUCAUUUGAAGAGAGGAAUCGGAAAAGCAGUAUUGUGAUAGUGGACAGACAACCAGAUACAGGUUUGCAGUCAAUACGACAGAAAAGGCCUGGUGACUUUUUGAAUGGCGUACAACAGGGAUAUCACAGAGCAGAGAAGCAAUUGCUCUUCUAAACAUCUUUGGUACAAUCGUGUCUAGAAUAUCACCUUUAGUUCCAGGCACUUUAUUUCCAAAAAGAUGCUGGCAAAUUGGAUCGUGCUCAAAUGGGAACAGCAACUAUAAACAGAACUGGAGAGGCAGGUUCACAAGAAGAUUAAAAGGGCUAGACUGUGUCAUUAAUUAAGCAAUGAUUAUGGGAAGUGGGUUUGAUAUGUUUACGUAUUUUUAACUUAAUGGAUGUAAAACCAAAGGUGAAACAUGGGGUUAUCACUGGUAGUAAAUGGGUUAAGUUAAAAGGGAAAAAAAAUGACUAACAGGGGAAAGGGCUGUGGAGUAGUCUUCCAAGGCAGGGUACUGGAAGCAUGACCACUUGGAACUUUUAAAACUGAACUAGUCAAAACAGUUGAAAGUUUUUGAUAAAUUGCAAUCUUGCACUGGCACGGGGCUGGACCAGAUAACCUGAGAGCUUCCUUCCACCUUCAGUUUCUACUAAUUUUCGAUUCCAAUCUGAAUGUAACUCCACUCCACAUGUGGUGAAAAUCAAUCCUGCACACAGGAUUAGUACAAGGCUUUACAUAUCUCUACAGGCAUAUUUACUCACACUGAAGCCCUCAAUGUAGGAGCUAAAUGGCACGUACAUUGUGUUGCUAAUCUGUAUUGGGACAAAUUUCACUCUGUAGGGUUAUAAAGCAAGCUAUGCAAGCAAACCUUUAAUAUUGUACCCAUUAGCAUUAAAAAUCUGCAUCUCUGUGACAUUUUUACAAUUACAGUGAAAAGUAGAAAAGUCCAUGGAAGAGCUGAAGGGCAAAAGGGCCUUUGAAAUUGCUAUAUAAGCUCACGGGCAAGGAUUGUCCAAUAAAACUAAACAUAGCACUCUCUGUAUAAACCUUUUAAAGCCCUUGCAGCCAGUGUUAUUUUGGUAUAUCUCAGGCAGGAAGAUGAAGAAAAAAUAAAUACAUGGGAUAAUUAGAUUCAGAUGCAAAUUCUACAUAAGUUUUGUGAAGAGCAGAAUUGAAAUUCAUCCGGCAUAUUCAUAGGCUAAUGAUAGUACCAAAAUUCUUCUUUGAGGCUUGCAUAAAGACUAAGAGUAGCACAAAUGGCCUGGAGGCUAGAGCAAAUUAUUCCAGUCUUCCUGGAAAUAGGAAUCUAUGCAGAACAGUUACCAUAGGAUUGCAGGGCACCUGUUCCCAUCUAAGGCUCUGGUCCCCCAGGUGAAUCCACAGGAGCUCCAGCGCUGGCUUGCAUGUUCCAGUGGCAGGAUCUAGCCCCCUGUCACCUUUACAAGAUUGCCACAGUUAAUGUCCUUCAGACAGCCUCUGCAUUAUCAAGAAAUUACUGCUUUUACCCACUAUUUUUCUAUUUUUAUUAGCACUAAGGGCCAUCUCCUCUGCUGAUGUAAAUUGGUGCUGCUUUGUUUACAUUGAUUCGGCCCACACCAAUUUCCUGCAGCUAAGGAUCCAGUCCAUUCAGUCCUAACAGAAAACUCUGGUGCAGGUUUAACAUUUUGUAAAGUAGCUCUUUUUUUUUUUUUCUUGCUUAACACAUAUUUCGAAAGUCUUAAAUCUUUUGAUUAGGUUUUUAUUUUUAGCUGUGAGUUGUAUAUUAAGCCUAUUAGUUAUUUAAAAAAAACACCAGUGGUUUUCAUUUAGUUUAUGCGUCAGUUUUCAUUGUAUAUCAGAUGAUUAUUAGCAUCGCUUCACUGUUUGUUCACUUUCAUGUAAUACUCAGUUUCAUAUUAGUACAGUCUGUCUUGAAAGAGUCAGAUGUUGAUACAAUUAAUUGUACAAUAUAUAGAUGAAUAUGAAAUUAAAUAUACCUUACUCCAUGGGUGGGUGAGAGAGGAGAUGUUUUUACUUGAAGCCUUAAUAUUUUCCUAUUUUAUUUCUUUGUGUGUUGGCUUAAUAGGAAAGCUGUAAUAGCAAUGAAUUUCAAAUGCCAGGCCAAAUUCUGCUGUGGCUUAUAGGUGGCAUUUGGCCCUGUAUGUCGAAAACUAGAUGCAGAAAUAACUUAGGAGUGAGCAAAGUUUUUAUAUUCUCAGAAGCAAAAAUUCUUGGGACUGAUUAUUUUCAUGCAGAUGGCUAACAACAUUUGAGAUGCAUCACCCCAUGAGAAUUUGUAUUAAAGAAAUCUCUAAGUCUUGCAUUAUCAAGGGAAUUGAUAACAAGAAGCAUACAACUAUCACAAGUUUGUAUUUUCCUUUUAAAUUAAAAAAAAAAAUCAAGUUAUUUAUUUUGGUUGACCUCAGCAGUAAAAGUGGCUCAGACCUCUGCUUCAGGGGCUAAAAUCGGAUGUGUGGCAAACGUUUUUCUUUAUGUUGUUAUUUCAAAAACACAAACCAAGGGUUACACAAACUUUGCUGAAGACAAUUGUAUCUGGGGCAGGGGGAAGAGGGAGGCUCCUUGGAUGAUGGCUGUACUCCUAAAAAGCCUAAAUAAUGUGGAAAUUGGAAUGUGGUUUGUUUUGAACUAUAUAGCCUUUUGGUGAGGCAAGGGGGGGCAUUCACUGUUGUUGUCACAUGGACGGUAUGGGAAGUUUAUGUUGACAUGUUUAUAUGGUCUGUAUUUCACCUGUUUUGCCAUCUUGAAUUGUUGGAAUGUAUCUGUGCAGGCUUUGUGGAGCUCUGUCUGUAAUAAUUGUUGUGGCUCUCGUAAUACAUAUAUAUUUUUUAAAC